UGAGUGCAUAUACACACUGACACACACACACAGGACAGGAGCUGGGCAAAAGGCGACUGAGACGACGAGACAAAGAGCAUGAGACAGAGCCAGCGGUGUGAAGGAUUCUAAUGGGACGUUUUUGGGGCCUAACGCAACGGAAUUAUAAGGAUACAAGUUAUGGAUGUUGAUUGACAGGACGAGGAACUUGUCCACCUGUUCUGCACUGAGGGCAAAUGUCUGAGUAUGACUUUUAGAGGACUUUACUUUUAUUUCAGGCACUGGACAACUUGGUGAUUAAAGAAAACAAUCCAGGAUUUCUGAGGACAUUCACUACAGCUCUGAGUAAGACCAGGAUCAAAUUCAUAACUCUUGAAAACAUAAAAAAGAAGGACUGAUACCAGUGUUAUAUACUUUAUAGAAAAUGUUCAAGGUUUAGAGCCAGAGGUCUUACUAAAUACCCUUGACUAUUAAGCUCUUUUUAAAGAAACGCCUGCCUAACAGUGUAUAAAUGUAACUCUGUUGCACCACUGUAAUUACAAGGCAAGCUGAAGGAAGGACUACAGACAUUUGUAAUUAAGGAUCUUCUGUGAAAAGCAACCAAGAGGGUGAGGUCUGUGACUAAAGACAAGAGUGGACCCCUAGAAUACCAGGACCGAAAGCAAGACAUCAAAAACUGCGACAAGGAAAACCAGCUGCCCUCAUAGAACAACACAAACCAUGGAUUCUCAUGGCGGACACUACCUCAACAAAGACGCUGUGUUGUCACCUUUAGGGGCAGCUCGAAUGUGCCAGCUGCUUCUUGGCUGCACCAUAAUGGCCCUGGUGUCCCACAGUGCGGGCUACAGCGCCAACUAUGGAAUCUUCUGCAUGUUUGUGUGGUGCUUCUGCUUUGCCGUCACACUGGUUGUGUUCACCUUGGAUAUUACUCGGCUUCACACGUGCAUGCCUAUCUCCUGGGAUAACUUCACCGUGGCCUUUGCCAUGCUGGCAACCCUCAUGUAUAUCACAGCCUCCGUGGUCUACCCUGUUUACUUCCUCCAAUCAGAGUGCCCAGAUGAGGGCUGUGAAGUCCAAAUGUACCGCAUUGCAGUCACUGUCUGCUCCAGUGUUUGCUGCUUCCCAUACGGCGCUGAAGUGUUCUUAACUCGAGCCAAACCAGGGGCUGUGGUGGGCUACAUGGCCACUGUGUCUGGUCUACUCAAGGUGGUCCAGGGUUUUGUGGCCUGCAUUAUUUUCGGAGCUCUGGCCAAUGACAGCGAGUACACUGUCCACAUUGCUUCUCAGUACUGUGUGGUGGUGUACAGCCUGUGUUUCUCCAUCACUGUCAUAGUGGUGAUACUGACAGUUUCUGGGAGGACCUCAUCACUGCGGUUCCCCUUCGACCGGUUUGUGGUUGUCUACACCUUUUUUGCUGUGAUCCUCUACCUCAGCACAGCACUGAUCUGGCCCAUCUUCAGCUUCGACAAGAAGUACGGCAACACGACUCGCCCUGAGGACUGCCCACGUGGGGAAUGUUCCUGGGAUAGCAAGCUGGUGGUGGCAGUGUUCACCAAUGUCAACCUGAUUCUCUAUUUUGUUGAUCUUGUUUACUCCCAGAGGAUUCGCUUUGUCUCCAGCUCUGCUGUCUGAAAAAACCCUUCAGAAUGAAAACCCUCACAGACAAAUAAAGAAAGUUGAAGGCCCACAUUGACCAUGCUCUCCAUGGUAAAGUCUCUCUGUAAACGACUCAUGGUGUGGUAUGCAUGUGUGCCUUUUUUCCUUUUCAGUGACUAUUCCAAAUUGGGUCUGUAGGCAGUAUUACCCCAUGCUACAAUCUCAGGGGCCUUUCUCCAGUUCUGCAGUGACCUACCAGGGAGAGCCUGCCAGGUGCACUGUUGAUGAGCUGACCUAAGCAACUUUCUUCACAGAGUAUCCUGGAAAUGUCCAUCUGAGCACCAAAUGCAUCCCUCUGCACCAAAUUCCUCUGCUGGUCACACACAGGACAGAGCUAUUAUUGGAUAAUGUGGAGAAUAUAAGAAGUUUUAUGUCAGUCAGACUAACACAGGCUUUAUUAAAUCAUUGAUGUAUUAUGUAUUUAAACACUAAAGUGGUUGAAAAUGUAACUCGUAGAGAUGCAAAGCUUAUGCUAAGUCUGCAGUGUGCACUGAACAUAGCUUCAGGGUUUGAAGGUCUAGCCAUUUUGCUGUAUUUUUACUUUCCAUUUUGUAUUCUUGUCUUCACUCGUGUUAGGCCUUAAGUUCAACUUUAAAAGACUUUUCCCGCCAUUCAGUGAAUGUCAAAUGUAUCUGAUACAUUAAUUUUGAAGGAAACACUUUGCCAACAGUAUUAGACUGAUUAUUUUGGAUGAGCACAUCAUGUAGUGAUCUAUUUUUGGCAAUAAUUCUGAUGUAUUCAAUGUUUAAUAAAACGUCAAGAAUUCACGUUUUUUAUAUUUUAUUACUG